GUCGAAACCGUCCGAUUGUUUUCAUUGUUUAUAAUUACACAUUUCAUUUAACUUUUGCUAAAUGAUCAACUAAACAAUACAUUAAGAGAGAUUAACCAAACGAAUAGUAAGCAGCACUGCCAAUGCGGUGAAAAGAGCGUUUGGGUGGAGAGCAAAAAGUGAAAUCGGUUGAACACAGAUAAAGAUACAGAUAAACUGAGGAUGAGCAACUACCGCUAUCAAGGGGGCGGUAUCGGUGGCGGGGGCGUCGCAGGGGGUCGCGGCUACAGUGGGAUCGAGGUAAACGAGGUGAUGCAUCCGCAUCAUUUCACAUACGUGAGCCAGUGCGUCAAGUACAUGAUCUUCAUGCUGAACUUCAUGUUCUGGUUAUUUGGCGGCUUGCUCCUGGGAAUCGGGAUCUAUGCUUUUAUGGAUAAAUGGGAGGAGGCCAACGGGUCGGUGCGACUGGAAAACGUCUACGAUGUGAUCCUGAACAUCUCCCUGGUUAUGAUUCUAGCCGGGAUGGUCAUCUUUCUGGUGAGUUUCUUCGGAUGUUUGGGCGCUUUGCGAGAGAACACCUUCUUGCUAAAGGCGUACUCUGUGUGCCUGCUGCUCUUCUUCCUGUUGGAGAUGGCCAUUGCCAUAAUUUGCUUCGUUUGCCCGCAGUAUAUGAAUACCUUUCUGGAGAAACAGUUCACGGACAAGAUCAUCCACUCGUAUCGCGACGAUCCGGACUUACAGAACUUCAUUGACUUUGCUCAACAGGAAUUUAAGUGCUGUGGUCUCAGUAAUUUAGGCUACCAGGAUUGGAGCAAAAAUGAAUACUUCAACUGCAGCUCGCCGUCGGUGGAAAAGUGUGGAGUGCCAUACAGUUGCUGCAUUAAUGCAACAGACAUAUCUUCAGGACUGGUCAACAUCAUGUGCGGCUACGGUGUCCAAGAGACGCAGGUUCCAGAGGCCAGGAAACGGAUCUGGACUAGCGGCUGUAUCGAGGUCAUGAGGAUUUGGGCCGAGCACAAUCUGUAUGUGAUUGCCGGCAAUGCUCUGGGCAUCGCGCUUAUUCAGCUGCUGGUUAUCUAUUUGGCUAAGACUCUUGAAGGACAAAUCGAGCUGCAGAAGUCGCGUUGGUCUGCGUGAGAUCCGGGACUGCCCGAAUUUUUCGGGCCUUACGAUUGCACCUGAACUUUGCAUACUUUCAGAAACCCUAGUUUUGUAUAAUACUCUAUAAAAAUGCAUAAGCCAUCAAGAGUAACAAAGGUCAAAGGUGAUUACAUAUUCCAAAACAAGGAGAUUUCAUUGCCACUCCGUACGAAAUUUUGACAAAACAGCAACCAGGAUCAUAUUAAUAUAUAUACAUCAACUCGAAAAAAUGAUUUGACAUUCUUUAAAUAAGCCAGACUUUAUUCCAAUUGAAAUUGGUUAAUUUUUUUGGUCUUUGCUUUCUUACGAACUUUUAAUAGUGAAUCAUGUUUUAUGAGUUUCAUAAAUUAUUUACCAGAUUUUCAGUUUCUUAGAACUCAGCCCCCAAUAUAGUUCUUAUUAUAUUCAACUCACAUAUACCCGAGUUAUUUUGCAUACUCAACUUAAACGAUAUACUCACGUAUGCUCAUACCAACCCGACCAAGCAACGCCAUAUAAUGUUUAGCCAGUGAAUAUCUUUGUAAAUCUUUAGGCAUUUAUAUUUAUACGUAAACAUUUACAGUAAAAACAAUAACAAACAAGGAGCACAAAUCUUGAAUAUCAUACUCUAAGUCUAGUUUUUUAAUAUUAUUAUUUAUUUAGGAAUCCUAAAACUGUAGAUUUAUUAUUAUACAAAACAAAAUAUUAAAUAAAAAUAAUUUAAAUUGA